GAUGAAUUCCUCGCAGCUCCUGAUCUUCCCUGCUCUAGCGGCGAACUCAACAGUUGGCCAGCUUUCUCAAUGGAUCAGCUCAAAGGAGAUGGAGUCUUUCUUGCAGAGCAACCUCGGCACCAUUCUUGCGUGCAUCCUCUCCUUCCUGGCCGCCGCCGUCUCCAGCGCCGGCGGCGUCGGGGGCGGCUCGCUGUACGUCCCGAUCCUCAGCAUCGUGGCGGGGCUGAGCCUCAAGACGGCGACCGCGCUGUCCACGUUCAUGGUGACGGGGGGCACGCUGUCCAACGUGCUCUACACCCUCUUCCUCCGCGGCGGCGGCUCCGGCUCCGGCCAGGGACAGGGACAGGGACAGCAGCCGCUGAUCGACUACGACAUCGCCGUGGUGUCGCAGCCGUGCCUGCUGCUGGGCGUCAGCGUCGGGGUGGUGUGCAACGUGGUGUUCCCGGAGUGGCUCAUCACCGCGCUCUUCUCGCUGUUCCUCGCCUUCGCCACGUUCAAGACGUACGGCGCCGGCGUGAGGCGGUGGCGAGCCGAGACGGCGGAGCUGGGGAGGAUACCGGACGCCGCAGGCGCCGAGACGGCUGCGGCGGAGGAGGCGCUUCUUGGACGGAACGUGAGUGGCGGCCACCGGUGUCAGUGGGUGGACUUGGCGGUGCUUGUCACGGUCUGGCUCUGCUUCUUCGUCAUGCACUUGUUCAUUGGAGGUGAGGGCGCCAAGGGAGUUUUUGACAUAGAGCCGUGUGGAACUGUAUACUGGCUCAUCACCGUAGCUCAGGUCCCUGUCGCCGUGGCUUUCACAGCGUGCAUUGGGCAGAAAAGAAAAUCACAGGCGCACGGCCAGGUGAUCUCGGCAAAGCGCAAGCUGGAUGCGUUGCCGGCAUACGUCUUCCCGGUGGCUGCUCUGCUGACCGGCGUCAUGAGCGGCCUCUUCGGCAUCGGAGGAGGCCUGCUUCUCAACCCUGUCCUCCUCCAAAUUGGAGUUCCCCCAACAACGGCGUCGGCGACGACCAUGUUCAUGGUGCUCUUCUGCGCCUCCAUGUCCAUGGUCCAGUUCAUCAUCCUGGGCGUCGACGGGAUCGCCAGCGCCGUGCUCUACGCGGCCACUUGCUUCGUCGCUUCCAUCGUCGGGCUGGUCGGAAUACAGGGCGCCGUAAGGAGGUCCGGCAGGGCUUCGCUGAUCGUGUUCAUGGUGGCCGGCGUCUUGGCCGUCAGCGCCCUUGUCAUCGCCUGCUCCGGAGCUGCCCGUGUCUGGGAGGAGUACAUGAGCGGGCAGUACAUGGGAUUCAAGAUGCCCUGCUGAAGAACGUCGUUGCUAUGUGAUUUCAGAGUUUCAUUUAAUUUGCCAAAAUAAUCUGCUGAAAUUCAGACCGAUGUAGUGUGCUUGCCAAGGAUCUGUGGAGUUACUAUAUAUAUAUGCACUUGUUAUCUGCAGUACUUGACUUGAGUUUUGGGUGAAACAAAUGUGUAUCCGCACCCAAAUUUCUAGCAUUUGGAUCUUGCUAUGAGAUGGUGUCAUUGACUGGUUAGCAGCUCUGA